GCAAACACAACUCCACAUUUGUAUUGAGAUCUACCCGUGCACCUACGUCCUUGCACAGCCUACAGAUUUUGUGUGUGUGUGUGUGUGUGUGUGUGAGAGGGGCACCAGUAAACAUAGCAGUGCUGCUACAGAUAAACUCCAAAUAGCUCUAUAGCCUUGUUGAGUGAGUGACAGGAGUUUUUUUUCUGGAUCUGAAUUUAAGUCCUCAUAGCCUGGAUUGGAUUAUUAUUUUUUUUCCCCCGUCGUGAUACCCAAUUUAAGAGGAUACCUGUUACUUUCCAAUUUUUUUGGUUGAUUAUAGAGCGCGCCAUCCCAGGUGUGAGGAGGGCACAGUAUGAGUCAAGCUGCAGAUUCGUGAGGGAGGCUGGGCCCAGAAGGAUAAGCACCUUGCCCUGUUUUGCUCCUUAGAGGAAAGGAGAACAUUGGUUAUCUGCUUCUGGAAAAGGGACCAGAGCCCUGGAUUAAUGUGUACACAGGCUCGACAAGAAAGCAGAGGAUUCUGGGUUACCUGAAGACCUGGAGUACACAAGUGAACAGGCCUGUAUUGAGCCUGUGGCACAGGGGAUUGGCAUGGCUCAGACCAGCUUUGUGUCGACUCAUCAUGCCUGUCGGGCUUGAUUGCAGAAAGGAGCCUAAAGCUUGCCCCGUUCUACACGCGGAACACUAUACAACACCCAAAAAAUCUCAUUUGCAGUUAUGACUGUUGAGCUCAACACCCAUUAGGAUUUUUUAAUAUUACCUGAGAGCGCAUGUUUUGUCAGUGAGAGGGGGAUGCUUUUUCUUCAGGCUUAUCUGCCAUGGUAAAGGCAUUGAAAGCAUGAGCCUCUGACUACACAGAGGAGGUCAUCGUCCAAACAAGGAUCAGCUCGACAAACACUGACCAGGUCAGGAUAUCACCAGAAACCCCUCGGACAAACUUUUCCUUUGAGAAAGGAUAAAAGAAAAUUCAAGAGGAAAUCUUGAUUGGAUUUUUGGUGGCUGGGAAGGAUUAACCACAUCGUAUAAAUCAGGGGCUCUUGAGUGAUUAGACUGCCAGGCAACACAGCUUCAAGAUGGUGCGUCAAUGCAAGGCCUUUAUCCUCUUCCUCACCCGGGUCGGGCUGCUGCUGGGUCUUGCUAACCCCCUGAUGACCUCCGCCUCAUGUCCCUCAGCCUGCCGCUGUGAUGGGACCUUCAUCUACUGUAAUGACCGUGGCCUGACUUCCAUCCCUACUGGUAUGCCCCAGGAUGCUACAGUGCUCUUUCUGCAAAACAAUCGCAUCAAGAGUUCAGGCAUUCCUGCAGAGCUCCGCAAGCUGACAAAUGUGGAGAAGAUCUACCUUUACUGCAACAAUCUGGAUGAGUUCCCCACUAACCUUCCUCUUGGGCUGAAAGAGCUCCACCUUCAGGAGAACAACGUUCGGAUGAUUACCCAUGCCUCUUUAGCUCAGAUUCCCUACAUUGAGGAACUACACCUGGAUGAUAACUCUGUAUCUGCGGUCAGCAUAGAGGAGGGGGCCUUCAGGGACAGCAACCACCUCAGACUGCUUUUUCUCUCCAGAAACCACCUAAGUACCAUCCCUCUAGGCCUACCCAUGAGCAUUGAGGAGCUGCGCUUUGAUGACAACCGCAUCUCCUCCAUCUCAGAGCAGUCGCUCCAAGAUCUCAUCAACCUGAAGCGACUAAUCCUGGAUGGUAACCUGCUCAAUAACCGUGGGAUUGGGGAGAUGGCUCUCAUCAACCUGAUCAACCUGACUGAGCUCUCGCUAGUGAGGAACUCGUUGACAAUGCCCCCAGCCAACUUGCCAGGCAACAGUUUGGAGAAGCUGCAGCUACAAGAUAAUCACAUUAAUCGGAUCCCGCCUGGGGCUUUCGCCUUCCUUAGGCAGCUGUAUCGCCUGGACCUGUCUGGCAACAACCUGAGCAGCCUCCCACAGGGUGUGUUUGAAGAUCUGGACAAUCUCACACAGCUCCUGCUACGCAACAACCCCUGGCAGUGCAACUGCAAGAUGAAAUGGGUCCGUGACUGGCUGCGGUCGUUGCCAUCUAAGGUGAAUGUACGUGGCUUCAUGUGCCAGGGUCCUGAUAAGGUCAAAGGCAUGGCAAUUAAGGACCUAACUACAGACAUGUUUGACUGCACGGAAUCAGAACUCAACCCCACGUAUGAGACAAGCACAGUCUCCAACACUUUACGCCCCACACAGCCCCAGUGGCCCUCGUUUGUGACUAAAAGGCCUGUAGUAAAAGGGCCUGACAUCGGUAAGAAUUACCACAGCACCACAACCUCUUCUGGCAGAAAGAUCAUCACCAUCAGUGUGAAGUCAAGUAGUGCUGAUGCAAUACACAUAUCAUGGAGGGUGUCGCAGCCCAUGACUGCCCUGCGGCUCAGCUGGCUAAAGCUGGGACACAGCCCUGCCUUUGGCUCCAUCACUGAGACCAUUGUGCAAGGGGAGAGGAGGGAGUACCUGCUCACAGCGCUGGAGCCAGAGUCUUCCUAUAGGAUAUGCAUGGUUCCCAUGGAGACCAGCAACAUUUACCUGUCAGAUGAGACCCCUGUUUGCAUCGAGACAGAGACUGGUUCUCACAAAUCAUACAACCCGACUACGACUUUAAACAGAGAGCAGGAGAAAGAGCCUUACAAAAAUUCCAGUCUGCCUUUGGCUGCUAUCAUUGGAGGGGCUGUGGCUCUUUUGGCAAUAAUCAUGUUGGCACUGGUGUGUUGGUAUGUCCACAGGAAUGGUUCACUUUUUUCCAGGAACUGCACCUACAACAAAGGCCGUCGGAGAAAGGAUGACUAUGCUGAGGCUGGCACUAAGAAGGACACCUCCAUCCUAGAAAUACGAGAGACAUCUUUUCAAAUGAUACCUAUAAAUCACCUGCCUGUGUCCAAGGAGGAGUUUGUGAUACACACGAUUUUCCCACCUAAUGGCCUGACUUUAUACAAAAGCCCACACACCGACAACAGUAUUAACAACAGGAGCUACAGAGACAGUGGAAUACCAGAUUCAGACCACUCCCAUUCAUGAUAUUGCGCAUGGUCAUUCAUGAGGAGUGCGUGACAUAAACAGAGUGGCAAGACUUUUACAAAACACUGGAUCUAUAAGACUAAGGAAGCAAUGUUCUGUACAUUUGCCAUAUAAUUUAUAUUUAAGGACAUUUUAUGAGGAUGGAGAACGUUCCAGUUGCAGGCCGUCACUGAACCAUCAGUGGGUAUUGUAACUAACUGCAAUUCUAUAUUUUAGGAAUUUGUAGUAAUUUGUACUGUACUACCUUUGCUUAAGGUUAUCGACCAACUAAAAGAAACUCUGUGUUCUACUGAGAUAUGACUUGUCAACUGUGAAAGUGGGUUUUCAUUGCUGUGUUGAACAAUCAGACCUUAGAAAACCUUGUAGUAUAAGCACAGGUCAUUCUUUUAACUUUGUGGCUGUCUGAAAAACAAAAAGGCAAAAAAAAUGACAUGAAGUAAACUAAGGCACAGCUGAUCAACUAAUUCGCAAAGCAGACAUGUUGCCCUCUAAAAAUGUGAGCAGUCAGUAGCUGUCUCCACCUAACACAGACCAAGAGUCUUGUUCUAGUAUUCACCAGGUAUGGAGUACGAAUACCUAAAGAUGAGGUGCCAUGCUUUAUUUCUCUGCUUUGUUCAGUGUGUGAUUUUAAUUUCUGUUUUGCAAGAAGAGGAAACACAGCAAAGCGACCCAAGCAGGGUUCCAGUGUUUCUGAUAGGAUUGUAGACCACAGCACAGGGCAGAUAAAGCACACCGACCUUAAGGAGCUCUCUGCUCCUCAAAACAAGUAGGCUGGACCGGCUGACACAGAGGACCCCCCACUAUCUCUAUUUGUACAAGCCAACAAUGGCCAAACGACAAUGGCGGCAUUCUUUAGUACCAUGUACCAUACGUCAUUGUAGUCACCAGGCCAAAAAGACAAAACAUGUUGGCUUUCAUUAGAAUUACCACAGUGUCAGCAACUCCUUGUUAUGAGUAUUAUUUUGUAUUAUUUUCCAAAUGAACACACUAUUAUGUUUCCACAAUUUGAAGUUAACUGUUCUUAACAAUUGAAAACCAAAGUGCAUUGUAUGCCCUUUGGCCAGUCUUGUAUGUGCCUUGAUCCAAUGCUUCUUGUAUUUAGCUUUUUAAGAAACCAGUGACUUUUUUUCAUACACACUUGAAUAUGAAAAAUAUUGGUCAUAUUACAGAAUAAAAGUGGACAAAAAUAACUUUGCUCGUCCUUACCUUGAGUACACCAAACCCCACUCAAAAUACUUUUUAUUGUUCUGUUCAAUCAUGAUUAUCCCAUCAUGCUUUGCUGUGAUUGCUCAAUUUAUUUUAUUCUACUCAAGAGAAUUAUAUCUUUGUACAAAUGUGAACUGCCCUGGAGUAAAAAAAAAAAAAAAAAGAAGGCUACAGGGGAGCUGUUUUAUUCAUUCAUAUUUCAAAUUACUGUCUCGGCGCACAAUCCAAAAAUGCUUGGAGAUGAAAAACAUAACCUACUGUAUUUUUAUCCUCAACAAUGAUCUGAACUUCGGAGGUCUUAGCUCAUAGCGUUAAAGCCACAUCUCCCCUUCCAAGACACAGUGAACUCUUUAACAAUAACCGAGAUACUGUUCUUGAAACCCAGUUUUCCACUCCAUGGGCAGUCUGCAGAGCAACAUCUGCUUGAGGCUGCUGUUGUUCUUUCGUGUGGUGAAGCCAUGUGUGACUUAUCCGAUUGGCCAGAGAGAGAAAUGUCAUGGUAGAGUAGAAAUAGGCUGCGGAGAGAUUGGACUCUGGGGUUUGAUGAACCUCCCAGGCACCAGGGCAACAGAAAACUAAUGACGAGGCACCAUAUGGAGGGUGGUACAGGCAGACCCUGAUGGGGAUGCCCGUCCCUGCAGAGGACAGAGUAUAUAUACACUGCUCUGGGCUCCAGGCAGAACACUUAAUGACAUGGUUGCAGCUCACCCGAGCAAGGGCCCAUGAAAAGGUACACAUGCAAAAGCAGUAAAAUACUCUAUUAGCCCAUUUUACAAAUGUAUCCAACAGACCAUCUUGUGAAAGCUAACAUAAAGUUAAUGCAUUUCGGAUUAUACUCACCAGAC